AUGCAGAUCACAGUGGUUGGUGUGGUGUGUUGUGUGAUGGUGCUUUCCUCCCAGAGAGUCCAUGCAGAGGGCGAUGAUGAGGGAUCCUCCUGCACGAAGGUGGACUUUGACGAGGCAACGUUGACGUCGCUGCGCAAAUGCGACUACAUGCAGGAGUUUGUUGUUAAGCGGUACGACGAGUCGGAUCACUUUGAUCCUUUUCGGCCGGAAGCACAGUACUACCUCUCAAACAAGUGGGAAGGACUUACCUGCGGUGAAACCGUUGCCACGUACGCCUUCAAUACGGACACUGAGCUGAGGAUGGCGUACAACCUGGUGUUCGAUAGUGGCGCUACGCUAGAGGUACGCGUGUUCGACCUGGAGCGCGUGGAUCCUGAAAGUAACCCGACAUUGGUUGAAGUAUGGCGCACGGGCUCGUCUACCGAAGGAUGGGGAUUCUUUCGCGAGAGGCUCAAUAAAACCGUCAAACAGGCGAAGAUUCAAAUCGAGGCAAACAUCAACGCGAAAAGUGAUUUGGCUAUUGAAUACCUAACCAUAUUCAACUACGAGGUGGAAACGGACGAAUGUAGCUCUAUCGAUGAGUUUUCAACUACCUUAGCUACACCAACGUCCACUGAGGCGGCCUCCACUGAGACGAUAUCCACAACCGUUUUACCAGAAACAUCAACGACCACUGAGCAAACUACAACGACUGAACAGUUGACAACAACAACUUUAUCGCCUGAGACAACAACAUUAACAACCGAGGAAACAUUUCCGACAACCGACUCAUCAACCGAUGGCGUCACGACAUCAACAACCAUCCAAGCAAGCGAGGAGUUUACAACGACUUCUAUGGAACAAACGUCAUCAGCAUCCGUCGCGAGUAGUACAACUCACACCACAACGACUACUAACGCCCCGCGAGAUGACACUUCAGUGCAACCGUCCUCUAGCCAACCGACAACAGCAACACAAACAACCGAAAGCUCGAUUCCUAUCUCUUCGACCAGCCCAUCAGCUAGCGUGCCAGAAGACACCCGGAUGGUAUCGUCAGAACAGUGGCUGUGGAUGACGCUAACCGCCAUGUUCGCGACGCUGUUUGUGAUCGUGGGCAGUGGAGCGAUCUAUCUGUGCUAUGUGAACCUCGAGUUGGAUCGAAUCGUCACACGCCUGCUAGAUGAAGCCGAUUACUAUCCUCAAAAGAAAUCCGACAUCAACUGUAUCGUGUAUUGA